AUGAAUCUGACUCGAGGAAGUUAAAACUUCACCAGUUUCAGAGCAACUGGUGGAGGCAGAAGGAGAGAUUUCACGAGGAGGUUCAGAUGCAGACAAGAGAGUAUACGCAACUGCGCUUGGCCUUGAUGUCCAUGUCAAUUGAUUCCUUUGGGCAAGGUUCGGAGAUGGAAGAGAUUCAUACUGGGGACGAGGAUUGGUGAAGUAUAUAUCUCGCGCGAACUGUACUUCGUGAGAGGUCAAAUGGCGUGGGAAGCAGCGAGAGAAAAGAGAGCUCGACUGCAGGCCGUGUCUCGGUGAGGAUCUUGUCCAUGCAAGAUGGAGAGAGAGGGAUGUGGCGAGGUUCAGCUGUGCCAUGCCUUGGCGUGGUCGACAAUCUGGUGGGGUCUGUAGAGCGUAGAAUAAUAAGGCUCUGAAUUCGUCUAUCUGAAGCACGACAAAGCACGAUGGGCUGGUUUUCAGCGUUGCUGUAUGAAUAGUGAGAGGUUGAUGCAGCAGCGGGAUGCAUCGGACGAGCCGAUAACGUGGACGGUCAUACAAAUGCAAGGUAUCUUUUAAGUCAUGGCAGAUGAGGUUUCGGAUACUUGAACAUCUCGGACUCUCGCGGGUGUUCUUUUCCUGCAUGACAGAUUGCUGAGCCCCCCGCUGAGCAUUGCUGUCGUGCAAGAGGGCAAUUGAUAAUGCUCUUGCAUAACUGCUGGUACUCCUCCUCUCGCUAGCUAGCUAGCCAGCCAGCAUCGUCACAGAUAGAAGAAGGCCAAGAUUUAGACGAACAUGCUUAGUCGUAACUCAAGUCUAAAUCUUGCAGCUCUCGUCUUCGGGAGCUUCAAGCUGAUGGGUAAGAUGAAAAAUGAAGUCUUGAGCUUCCAGCUCAACACUGGUGCGCUCAUGCCUGCCAUCGCCAUGAGCUUUCCUGGCACCGUACGAGAGACUCCAGAGGAAAUCAAAGCGCGACUUCGUAAGAGUCUUGAGAUCGGGUACAGACAUAUAGACACAGCCGCUGCGUACAGAAAGGAACACUUACUGGGAGAAGUACUUCAUGAGGUUUUGAGCUCCGGUGCGUAUAAGCGAGAAGAAUUGUUCAUCACAAGUAAGCUUCACCCGCAAGAUACUCACCCAGAUGGAGUUGUAUCUGCUCUCAAGAGGAGCCUCAGUGAAUUGCAGCUAGACUAUGUGGAUAUGUACUUGAUUCAUUGCCCUCUACAUCUCAAGGAAGGCACGGGCAUUCCGUUCACAGAGGAGGCAUUCUUGCCAUUAGACCUGGUCGGAGUCUGGAGAGUUCUUGAAAAAUGCGUGGAGCUCGGUCUCACCAAGGCGAUCGGGGUGUCCAAUUUCGGUCCCAGGCAGCUGAAAUUGAUAACAUCCGAUUUGAAGAUAAAGACAGUACCCGCUGUAAACCAGAUAGAAAUGCAUCCGGGAUGCCUACAACCGAAGCUUCUGGACAUUUGCAGGAUAAUGGGAACCGUUGUCACUGCAUCGCUUCCGCUAGGAGCACCUGGUCUGAAAGGGGGAAGCAAUUCAAUAAUCGACAGCCCAAUAAUCCAAGAAAUUGCUGUUAAGCAUAACAAAACCGUCUCCCAGGUCGCCCUGCGGUGGUGUCUAGACCAAGGAGCUGCGGUGGUGACUCACACCACCAGUCCUGCCAGGAUGGCGCAAAAUCUGGACAUUUUCAGAUGGACCCUUGAUAAGGAAGACCUAGAGAAAAUCAAAUUAAUGCCACGGUUUAGAUUGAUCGAUAUAACCCCGUGGUGUAACUCUAGCACCAGCCCUUACAGAUCCCCAGGGGAGAUUUUCGAGGAAUGGUACGGCAACCCUGACGAUGAACAAAACGAACCAUCCGACAAAAUGUAGAACUGCGCCCAACGAACCGCCAGGUGACUCUGUCUUGGCUCACGACGACUGUGUUCAGGACCCAGCUUUUUACUGUCUAACAUCUGCACAGGAAAUUUAUGGACCCAACGCUAGUAUUCAAGUACUCUUAUGUUGGAGAAUACUGAAAUGUACAAGAGAAAAAUUCUUGUCAUAUUUGUAGAUAGAGUUUGAUAUAUUCUGACUGUAAAUUGUAAAGGCGAACAUGCUCUGUGAGUAAAGACUGGAAUCUAUUCUGGACAAACCAUGAUUCACGUUUCAUUCUCGUCACGUUUCACGUGACGAGGAGGAAUGAAUUCCUCCUCGUCAGGCUACUGCCGAGCUCUUCUUUUGUUCACAGUUCUACUGCUCAGUGAGGUCGUAUUCGCAGGCAAUCACAGCGUCCCGUAGCCGGAAUAAUCAAAUCCCCUCGUCGUCAACCUUCUUCUCGACAAAAUCCUGCCUCGACAACUGAUGGACGAAAGGUGACCACUACUCCUCUCCAGAUGCAGUGCUGACACAGUCGUUGCUCUGCAGAGCUCGAAACGUGCGUGAAUGUUCAGCAGAUCAGAUUGAAUUCCAUGGUUUCUGGUCGCGAAUCUGAGUAUGCCAUCGGAUCGGAUCGAGUCUACUGCGCCUAGCCUGUGCUGUCAGAGAUUGCUAAGAGAGGCUAGGCAGGAUGCAGGGCCUGUGUGGUGUUAGGGAGAUUUCCUGAUUCUGACCCCAGGGAUGAAGCUUCCGCGUCGAGGCUUGCCUUUAUUUUCCUUUCCGGCUUCGGACAGUGUCUACACACUGGGAAAUUGGCCUACAGCUUCAUGAGAUCGACUCCAACAAUCCUUCUCCAUAUGAAGUCGGCACGGACAUCGGAAAGGAAGUUCAGAUCAAGACGUCAACGAUGUUGCAGAGCGAAGAUUGGACUCUUUCUCCCUACAGAUGUAUACGUCCGAUGCUAGGAGAUGCAUCCGGGCCCUGAUUCUUAAUUAGGCGUACCUGGAUCUAUCGAUGCCUGCUGCGAGAUCGAUCAUUCAUCCUCUGCCUGUGAGCGUUUCCACUUCUGAAUCAGCUGAUACUUGGCAUUCCUCAGCACUGUCACAGGAAGAGAGGGCAACGAGAUCGGUCGGUCCAUGUCCCGUGAGGAAGGCAGAGGAGUAGGCUUAGCUGGAUUGACUUGUCCAGAAAUGUACCCUUCCCGCUUGAAGCAAGGACUUCAGUGGUUGCAGCAAGUGUGGGUCAUGGCUAUGGUACGGUCUUCGAAUCCAAUCCAAACAAAAUCACAGAUCUCUCACGCACUGAUCCCUCGAGAUGGGAAUCACAACGUGCAGUUACAGACUUUGAUGCCCACUUCAUCAGUGUCAUAUCUGCACAGUCCCUGACCCGUCUUUGGGAUUCUCGAGUAAAAUCUUCUGCCAUGCC